CUGAUCUUAACAAGCUGGCUGUUCAGCUGUGGGCAAAUCUGCUCCAACCGGCAGCAGGCCAAGCUGAGGUCACAAACAACGAUGUCAUCACUAUUCCCUGUCCCACACAGGAGCACCCGUUUCUGCGAACACAGAUAAACUCUCCCACUGAAAGCGAGCAGGAGGUUUACAGGAAAGCUUCUGCACCAGCAGACCUUACAAUGGGUACMGAGGUGCCUUGUGAAGACCGUGGUCCAUCUCCGACCCCGCCCACAUCAGUUCAUGAGCUCAGACCUGGAGAUAUCAAGGUGGUGGCAGCUGUGGGAGACUCUCUGACAGCCGCCAACGGUGUGGGUGCACAGUAUGAUAACCUCCUGUUAGUGAUUAAUGAAUACAGAGGACUGUCAUGGAGCAUUGGCGGUGAUAAAAAUAUAACCACCGUGACAACUCUGCCAAACAUCCUGAGGGAGUUUAAUCCUGCCCUGACUGGAUUUUCAGAGGGAAUCUGCACAAAGGACAGUCCAAAAGCCUUUCUGAACCAGGCUGUGCCCGGAGCAAAGAGCGGUAACAUGGUGGAACAGGUGCGCAUUCUAGUGGACAAAAUGAAGAAUGACCCACGCGUUAAUUUCCACAACGACUGGAAAGUGAUCACUCUGUUCAUCGGUGGCAAUGACAUAUGUGACUUCUGCUCGGACAGUAUUUACUAUUCACCCAGCAAUGUGGUCAGUCGAAUCCGCCAAGCUUUGGAUAUCCUCCAUAGUGAAGUGCCUCGUGCCAUUGUAAAUUUUGUCGAGCUGUUUAACAUUGCACCGCUGCGUGAUUUGCACAAGGAUAAAUUGUUGGGUUGUCCCACCUGGUUUGUAAAUAUAAUUUGCCCCUGUGUGCUGAAGCCCACUGAUGGAUCAUUUGAACUACAGCGGUUGAAUGACUUCAACAGAGAUUAUCAGUCUGCUAUGAGAGAGCUGAUUGACUCAGGGAGGUAUGAUACACAUGACAACUUCACUGUGGUGCUGCAGCCUUUCUUCAGAGAGAUUUUCCUUCCAAUAUUAGAGGACGGCCGACCGGAUCGCUCUUACUUUUCACCAGACUGUUUCCACCUCAGCCAGAAAGCUCACACACUCAUGGCUCGUUCGCUCUGGAACAACAUGCUGGAGCCGGUGGGUAACAAGACCUUCGAAGUAGACUUCACAGCUGGAGUAGAUUUGAAAUGCCCCCCCAAGAACAACCCAUUCUUGAGAACAGCCCAUAAUAGUAACUACACCUUUCCAGACCCUCCACCAACUUUUGGUCCAGUUAACAAUUGGGGCAGUGAUUUCUCCUGCGUUCAUACAGCUCCAUCCAACUCUGUACCCACUUCAGUUCACAGAUUACGUCCAGCAGAUAUCAAGGUGGUGGGUGCUUUAGGAGACUCUAUAACGGCUGCCUUUGGUGCAAAGUCAAAGAGACUUCAGGAUUUAAAAACUGAAUACAGAGGUGUGUCAUGGAGCAUCGGAGGGGAUGAUACUCUAGAGACCGUAACAACACUUCCAAAUAUCCUCAAGAAGUUCAAUCCUGACAUUAAAGGGGCGUCCAAGGGGACUGGAAAAGAGCAGACUGGCUUCAAUGUGGCUGUAUCCGGUGCCAAGAUAGCAGGAAUCCCGGAGCAGGUUCGACAUCUGAUCGAUGCCAUUAAGAACGACUCUACAAUCGAUUUUCAGAACGACUGGAAACUUGUGACCCUUUUCAUUGGAGGCAACGACUUGUGUCAGUACUGCAAUGACCGGGCCUCCCUUUCACCGCAGAACUACAGCCAUCAUAUGAGGACGAGCUUGGACAUAUUGUAUGAAGAGGUUCCAAGAAUAAUUGUCAACAUCCUGGAGAUCCUGGAAAUUGAAGGCCUUCGCAGGAUCAAAAGGGACAGCCUCGGGUGCAGUUUGUUACAAAAACAAGUUUGUCCCUGUUUUUUGGCACCUGGAGAGGAUUCACCAGAGUUGUCGGAAAUGAAACGAAUCAAUCGGGAUUUACAAAUUGAGACUGAAGCCCUGGUGCGGGGAGGUCGCUACGACGGCAGAGAGGACUUUGCAGUAGUAAUCCAGCCAUUUUUCAAAAAUACAGUCGUUCCAUUGAAUAGUGACGGCAAGCCCGACACCACAUACUUCUCUGAGGACUGUUUCCACUUCAGUGAGCGAGGACACGCUGACAUGGCUGCUGCUUUGUGGAAUAACAUGCUGGAGCCAGUGGGCGAAAAACAGAUGUACAACAAGUUCACAAAUGCCAGAAAUAUCCUGAAGUGUCCCACUGAGGAGCAGCCAUACAUCUUCACGAAAGCGAACAGUCUCCCCAGCUCGACCACAGCACCUACAGCAGACGUCACCUCAGCCCAGCCGAUCACCGCCGACUGUUCGGGCGGCGUCCCAGCGUGGCUCGCUGCUGUGCUGGCUGUCAUUGGUCUUCUGAUUGGCUGUGCCGUCACCUGGCUCGUCCUCUUCUACAGAGACAGGAGAAGAAAGAGGAUCAAGACAGAUGCAGUGGACAAGAGGGCCACAAAGUUUUAAAAUGUUCUGAUCAUUGCAAUGAACUACUGUCUACACAAAAAGCAUCCACUUCAAAAUAAAAGUCUUUAUUUAAAGAAGUCACGAAUCAAA